GUAAAGCGUCCGGCGGAGGCGGUGCACUAAGAUGGCGGCGGCUGGGCCCGGAGCCGGUGGCGGAGAAGCAGCCGGCGGCCGCGGGGCCUGCGCCUGAGCGACGGCCGGGAGCUGCCGGGAGUCGGCUGCCAGCGAACCUCCAGCCCCAGCGCUCGCUGCCUGCGGCACUGCCACCGCCGCGCAGGGUGAGCACUCUGGAAAACGCGAUGUCGGAUAAAGGGAGCAGCAUGGAGGGGAAGACGGACAUAGUGAAUGGCAGCUUGUCCAGCAGCCCGGAGGAGAUGUCAGCUGAGGAGGGCCGAGAAACCUCCUCCGGCAUCGAGGUGGAGGCCUCCGACCUCAGCCUGAGCCUCACGGGAGACGAUGUGGGGCCCAACCGCACCAGCACAGAGAGCCGGGACACGGACACAGAGAGCUCGGGGGAAGAGAAGGACUCUGAUAGCAUGGAUGACACGGGCCACUACUCCAUAAACGAGGAAAACCGUGCCCUUGACCGGUCGCACUCGGAGGAGGAAGAGGAGGAGGACGAAGAGGAGGAGCAGCGGUCCCACCGCCGUGCCCAGCGCAAGCGUGCCAACCACGACCAAGACUCCUCCGAUGAUGAGCAGGCCCUGGAGGACUGGGUGUCCUCGGAGACCACGGCGCUGCCCCAGCCCCGCUGGCAGGCGGUCCAUGCCCUCCGGGAAAGGGAGCUGGGCUCCAGUGCCCGCUUCGUCUACGAGGCCUGCGGGGCCAGGGUCUUUGUGCAACGCUUCCGUCUCCAGCACGGCCUGGAGGGCCACACGGGCUGCGUCAACACCCUGCACUUUAACCAGCGUGGCACGUGGCUGGCCAGUGGCAGCGACGACCUCAAAGUGGUGGUGUGGGACUGGGUCAGGAGGCAGCCGGUGCUGGAGUUCGAGAGCGGCCACAAGAGCAACGUCUUCCAGGCCAAGUUCCUCCCCAACAGUGGCGACUCCACUCUGGCGAUGUGUGCUCGGGACGGCCAGGUCCGGGUGGCCGAGCUCUCCGCCACCCAGUGCUGCAGAAACACCAAACGCGUGGCACAGCACAAAGGAGCCUCGCACAAGCUGGCCCUAGAACCGGAUUCUCCAUGCACUUUCCUAUCAGCAGGUGAAGAUGCUGUAGUCUUCACCAUUGAUCUGAGACAAGACCGGCCUGCCUCGAAACUGGUUGUGACAAAGGAAAAGGAGAAGAAAGUGGGUCUGUACACCAUCUACGUGAACCCAGCCAACACAUACCAGUUUGCUGUGGGAGGCAGGGAUCAGUUUGUCAGGAUUUAUGACCAGCGGAAAAUAGAUGAGAAUGAGAACAACGGUGUACUAAAGAAGUUCUGCCCUCACCACUUGGUGAACAGCGAGUCCAAAGCCAACAUCACCUGUCUUGUCUACAGCCACGACGGCUCAGAGCUGUUGGCGAGCUACAAUGAUGAAGACAUUUAUCUCUUCAACUCCUCUCACAGCGACGGAGCGGAGUACAUCAAGAGAUACAAGGGACAUCGCAAUAAUGCCACUGUGAAAGGCGUCAAUUUUUAUGGCCCGAAAAGUGAGUUUGUGGUGAGCGGCAGCGACUGCGGCCACAUCUUCCUGUGGGAGAAAUCGUCCUGCCAGAUCGUGCAGUUCAUGGAGGGUGACAACGGAGGAGUGGUGAACUGCCUGGAGCCCCAUCCCCACCUCCCUGUCCUGGCCACCAGCGGCCUCGACCACGAUGUCAAGAUUUGGGCACCCACGGCGGAGAAUCCCACUGAGCUGGCCGGCCUCAAGGAGGUGAUCAAGAAGAACAAGCUGGAGCGGGACGAGGACAGCCUCCACCACACCGACAUGUUCGACAGCCACAUGCUCUGGUUCCUCAUGCACCACCUGCGACAGAGACGCCAUCACCGGCGCCGAAGAGAGCCAGGAGCGCCAGACGGCGACUCGGAUGAGUCUCCCAGCUCCUCCGACACUUCGGACGACGAGGAAGAGGGGCCGGACCGGGUGCAGUGCAUGCCGUCGUGAGCCCCCCGCGGCCAGGGCAGGGGGGCUCUGGGCACGCAUCAUCCCUACUAACACUUUGAGCUUUGUAUUGACUUGUUAAGGACCCCCCCCACUCCCUGUCCCCUCCCUCCUCAUCCUCGCAGCCCCCCCCCCCCCCCCCCCCCCCCCGACCACCAGAGGCAGCAUGGCCUCGGCUGGGGGGUUCCUUCCCUCCCCAGGACCCACGCAGAGAUGCGGAGGCCGGGGGAUUUUUGUACUAACGUGGCCCCCUGGUUCCCUCUCCUGCUGUUCUUGGGAGGGACCUGGCCCCCUCCCUGGCACUGGCCCUCACGCUGUUCAGGGCUCCCCCUUCCCCGGGGGCUCCGGCCCCCCCCCACCCGGGGGGGCUGCAUCCCCACCUCCCUCCCUCUCCCCCCGCCCAGGGGUGUUUGCAGAGAGAUGCUUGUCUAGUUUGUACAUAUCAGUGAUUUGCACUUGGUUUGGCCCUUCUCCACCCCCCCCUCCGGCCCCGCCGGGGCAGUGGCCGGGGCCCCCAGGAGCCGGGAAGGUCCUUUAAUUUUCUGUUACUUUUAAGGAGAUCACUUUUGGGGGGAGUGGCGGUGAGGGCUCCCCAUCACUGUUAGAGGCCUAAUUUUAUAUGUAUUAAAACCAAAUCGAACUUGGAUGUUAUCAAGUUAAAAUUAUUGUAAAAGUUUGAAUAUAUAUUAUAUAUAAAUGCAAUAAAAACCAACGGAGAGAG